CUUUACUCGCUACCCUGACGAAGAGAUCCCCGACUUCGGCGCCUCCGUCGUCCACGUCAUGACGGCGCUGGACGAACUCAGCGAUAAACUCAUCCUGGCUCUCCAGUCAGGCCUUUGUGUGAAAAACAACUUCCUGGUUAAAGCUCACUCGAGAAAGAGGGAGCCUACCGGCAACCGUACCCUCAUGAGGAUCCUUUACUACCCGCCCGUGCCCUCACAUCGUCCUGAGGGCACCAUGCGAUGCGGCGCCCACACAGACUACGGCACCAUCACCCUCCUCCUGCAGGACGGCCUCGGCGGCCUCGAGGUGCUUUGCUCUUGCGAGACACUGAGAGUAAAAACCCGAAGCGGGGCUUGGGUGCCAGCGCCUCCACUCGAGAGCGCCGUGCUGGUGAACGUAGCCGACCUACUCCAACGGUGGACCAACAAUCAACUCAUCGCCACGGAGCACCGCGUGAUGAUGCCGGCGACUGAGCACCUGCAGAAGCUGCCGCGUCGCUCCAUCGCCUACUUCGUCCACCCCGACGAUGACGUCAUGGUCGAGCCUCUGGACGGCAAAGGCGGCCUGCCACCCGUCAAUGCGGAAGACUGGCUGAAUAAAAGAUACAAGGAAUCAAUCCAGUAUUGA